GCCACCGCACCUGGCCUUAAAAAUCAUUUUCUUUUCUGUAGCUUACUUUAUUGUAGGAAUGCAGUAUAUAAAACAUAGGACAUACAAAAUAUGUUAAUUGAUUGUUAUCCAUAAGACUUCUAGUCAACAGUGGGCUAUUAGUAUAGUCAUCCCUCCUCUCUGUAUACAUGAGAGAUUGAUUCCAGGACCUACUGCAGAUACCAAAACCUGUACAUAUUCAAGUUGCGUACAGUCUGUUUUUCAAAACCUGCACAUACAAAAAGUCAGUCCUCUGUGUAAGUGGGUUCUGCAUCCUGUGAAUAUUGUAUUUUUGAUCCAUGUUUAGUUGAAAAAAAAUCCAUGUUUAAAUGGGCUCGUGAAGUUCAAACUCAUGUUGUUCAAGGUUCAAUGUAAUUAAGUUUGGAGUCAAGUUAUGCCAAAUAUUGACUGCAUGGGAGAUGGGGUGAGGUUAGCACCCCAACCCCCAUGUCGUUCAAGGGUCAACUGUAUUGCCUUUUCCAAUAUGUUGUAAGGAUAAGUAGUGUUUCAGAAAAGAUUUAUUUCAAGAUAUACAUGUGUGUGUGCUUGUGUUUGUAAUGAGUAACAAUGUAAAAUGUAUUUAUUUUUGUAAGUCACAGACAAAAGUGUCUAAAAGCGCUACUGCUCUAGCAAUAGCAUUGCUGAAUUGUUUAUCUUCAGCCUUAAUGGCGAUAAUGCCAGGUUGCUCUCCAAAAUGAUCAUACCAAAUCAGUCUCAACAGCAGUGUGAGAUGUUCCAUAUCUCUCUAUAUAGAUAUUCUAUAUAUUAUACCUAUGUUCCAUACCCUCACCUGAACUUAAUAGUGUCAGACUUUUCAUGUGCUAUCAAUCCAGUGGGUGUUGAAUAGUAUCUUAAUGCGGUUUUCAGUUGAGUUUUUUAGAUUUCUAAUACAUCUUUUCAUGCAUUUGACCACUUAAAUUUUGCUUAUUGUGAGUCAUCUCUUUAUAUCCCUUACUUGUAUAUUAUGCAAUACAACCCUCACAACAACUCUCUGAAGGCGCCAGCAAUAUAGAUGAAGAAACUAAAUCUGGGAGAAAUCUUGCUUAAAGUAACCCAGCUAAUGAGUUUUGAGCUGAAAUUUGAGUCCAGAUGUAGAGAACCCCUAAGCCUAUGCCUUUUGUUUUACACUACAUGCCAGAGCCCAAGGUCAUGUUAGAAAAAAAAACACAAAAAAACAGAGGAAGAAAACAAAUAAAUUUGAACAUGCAACCAUUAGCAACCAUGUCUUGUGUCAAACUAGGCUUUGUGCAAUUAACAUAGAUUAUUUCCCUGUGUCCUCACAACAACCUGUGAGCUAAAACAUGUUAUGUCCAUUCUACAGGUGAGAAAACUAAGGUGUAGAGAAAUGAAGAAAUUUGCCUUGGAAGGGUUAAAUUACAGCUAGAAAUUUGCCUUGGAAAGGUUAAAUUGUAGCUAGGGACAGAAUCGCAAUUCAAACAUGAAUCUCAACUCAAACACAAGCACAGACCUCAAUCACAGAAACUCAAAUAGAUCUGCCUGAUUACAAAGUCCAUCCCUGUUCCACAAUGUUGUCUAUCCAUAAAUAUUCCUGGUGUAAGGUAAAGGCCUCCUGCAAAUCAAGCCUGACUCAUCAUCUCGUAGAGCCAGGUCUUGACCUGCUUCCCCACUUUCUCUCCAGAUCCCCAUCUGUUUCUACUUCGAUGAGGCCAGGACUAUACCUACUAUCUUUCUGCAGAAUCCUGGUCUGAGGUAGCCUUAAAUCGGGCCCAGCCCUGCUGCUUCACAUUAGCCAUCUGAGCUAGGUUAGCUCCCAUUCAUUGAUUGCUCUUCUACUUCCUCAGGCUUCUCUAAUGAAGCCCAAUCAGGGUCUCAACACCUUCCAUGCUAAACCAGAAAAUUAUAAGCAGAGUCCUUAAACGUGGCUGCACAUUAAAAUCACUUGUGAACUUAAAAAAAAUCCUCAUGCGCUAGUUAGAACCCAGAUCCAUUACAUCAGAAUGGUACCCAGGCAUUAACAAUAGUUAAAGCUUCCCAGAUGAUUCUAAUCUACAGCCAAGAUUGAGAACCACUGUUACAGCAUCUUCUUCAAGCUCCAGCAGCCAUACCCAGCAGCUUCCACAUUUUAGGUUUUCAAAGGAACUUCUUGGAGCAUUGUAAAGACCCAGAUUUCUGGACACCACCCUGGAGAAUCCAUGUUUGGGUUCAGACCCAGGAGUCUACAUUCUUAAUAAUCGCCCCAGAUAGUUUCACUGCAGAUUAUUAGCAGACCAUAUUUUGGAAAAUGCUGCAUUAGAGGCAUGGAAGUAGGAUGGGUACAGGAGGCCUCUGGCCCUUUAAGGGUAGAUUAAGGGACUACUUUUAAGGCCGCAGGGCGAAGUAGGGUCAGGCUGCUUUUUUUCAUUCUAGUGGAUAAGUUAAGGAAGUGGGGCCUGAAAUGGACCUCUCCUUUUAGUUACCUCAGCCUCUCAAUUGGUACUAUCUUGUUCUCAGCCCAGGAGAGCGGGAGGGGCAUGCUGCCUUGUUCUACCUUCUGUUUGUUUUGAUGCAAAGAGGCCAAGUUAUAAGGCAUUCUUUGGCCCAGGAGAUCCUCUUAGAGAAAGCAAUAUAGGGCCUGCCUGCCUUUCUUUUUCGUGCCCCAUCCUUGGUUGUGGAGCCAGGAUGCAGUUAUCUGCAUGAAAGGAAACGGUCAGAGUGACAUCCCUUGGACUUGUGUUGGGACCUGUCAUUGAACACCAAGCCUUUCAAGAUGGUCCUCCUCAGUAUUCUUAGAAUUCUUUUUCUUUGGGAACUGGUGCUUUUCAUGGAACACAGGACCCAAAUGGCAGAAGGAGGGCAGUCCUCUAUUGCCCUCCCAGCUGAGGCCCCUACCUUGCCCCUGAUUCAGGAGCUGCUAGAAGAAUCCCCUGCUGAACAGCCAAGGAAGCCCCGGCUCCUAGGACAUUCACUGCGGUACAUGCUGGAGUUGUACCAGCGUUCAGCUGACUCUCAUGGGCACCCUAGAGAGAAUCGCACCAUUGGGGCCACCAUGGUGAGGCUGGUGAAGCCCUUGACCAAUGUAGCAAAGCCUCGCAGAGGUACCUGGCAUAUACAAAUACUCGGCUUUCCUCUCAGACCAAACCGAGGAUUAUAUCAACUAGUUAGAGGCACUGUGGUUUACCGCCAUCACCUCCAACUAACUGGCUUCAAUCUCUCCUGCCAUGUGGAGCCCUGGGCUCAGAAAAGCCCAACCAAACACUUUCUUUCCUCAGAAGGAGGUUCCUCAAACCCUUCCCUGAUGUCUAACGCUUGGAAAGAGAUGGAUAUCACACAACAUGUUCAGCAAAGGUUCUGGAAUAACAAGAGACAGAGGAUCCUAAGACUCCGUUUUAUGUGUCAGCAGCAAAAAGAUAGUGUUGGUCUUGAGCUCUGGCGUGGCACUUCAUCCUUGGACAUUGCCUUCUUGUUACUCUAUUUCAAUGAUACUCAUAAAAGCAUUCAGAAAGCUAAACUUCUUCCCAUGGGCAUGGAGGAGAUCAUGGAAAGGGAAUCCCCUCUUCUACGGAGAACCCGACAAGCAGGCAGUAUUUCAGCUGAGGCUACCGCCUCUUCCUUGAAAGACAGUGAGCCUGAAAAUAACCAGUGUUCCCUCCACCCUUUCCAAGUCAGCUUCCGCCAGCUCGGCUGGGAUCACUGGAUCAUUGCUCCCUCAUUCUACACCCCGAACUACUGUAAAGGAACUUGUCUCCGAGUACUACGUGGUGAUCUCAAUUCCCCCAAUCAUGCCAUUGUUCAGAACCUUGUCAAUCAGCUGGUGGACCCGAGUGUCCCUCGGCCUUCCUGUGUCCCAUAUAAGUAUGUUCCCAUUAGCGUCCUCCUGAUUGAGGCAAAUGGGAGUAUUUUGUAUAAGGAGUAUGAGGGUAUGAUUGCUGAAUCUUGUACAUGCAGAUGACAGCCAAAGCACAGAUAGCUCAGGUUUCCCAGGAAAUUGAAGAAGAGUUUAAAAUAUCAAUGUUAAAACUGCAAGUGAUCCUGUACCAAUCUGUAGGUUAUAUUUCUUGCCUUGUUACUUAAGUC